AUGAAGAUUUUAAGUCUUGCUUUUAAGCAUCGCAUUACUUAUGCGAGCAACUGCAAGUCAUUAUUCUCAAAACCAUUAAUUAAAAAAUUUUCUUCGUGUUCAAGAGUACGCGACGCAUUUUCUCCUUUGGAUACAUUUCCGCGUAGACACAAUGGUUCUUCUGAAUCCGAUGUCAAAAAAAUGCUUGAUAUUGUUGGUGUAAAGGAUAUGGAGGAAUUGGCUUCAAAAACCGUUCCUGCCAAUAUUCUUUCUAAACAAUCCCUUGCUUUAGGCAAAGGCCUUACUGAAAACGAGCUUUUGAAAAAAUUGAAGAACAUCGCUUCGAAAAAUAAAACACAUAAAACGUAUAUCGGCAUGGCAAAUGCUUCCCUUCUCGAUGAAGGAACUGCUGCUGCAGAGGCUAUGUUUAUAGCUUAUUCUGCAGGUAAACAAAAACAGCACACUUUCUUUGUGGAUAAAAAAUGUCACCCUCAGACUAUUGCAUGCUUGCAGACUCGCGCUGAAUGUUUUAAAAUCAAGGUCGUAGUUGGAAAUGCUUUAGAUUAUGAUUUUGAUCAACAUGGUAAAGAUUUAUUUGGAAUUUUAGCUCAGUAUCCUGCUACUGAUGGUACGAUAAACGACUAUACUGAACUCGCCAAUAAAAUUCACUCUAUGGGUGGACAAAUGAUUUGUGCUACUGAUUUAUUGGCGCUUACCUUACUUAUUCCACCUGGUGAAUGGGGCGCUGAUAUUGCAAUCGGUAACAGUCAACGAUUUGGUGUUCCAUUAGGUUAUGGAGGUCCGCAUGCUGCUUUUUUUGCUUGUAAAAAACAGCAUGUUCGUAGGAUUCCUGGUAGAUUAGUUGGUGUUUCACGUGACGGUUCUGGCAAUAAAGCCUAUCGAUUGUCUCUACAAACCAGAGAGCAACAUAUUAGGAGAGAAAAGGCUACUAGUAAUAUUUGUACAGCUCAAGCCUUAUUAGCCAAUAUGGCUGCUAUGUAUGGUGUUUAUCAUGGACCAGAGGGCGUGAAAAACAUUGCCAAGCGCAUUCAUAAUUUUACUAAUACUCUUGCGGCUGAUAUUAAAAGUCACGGAUAUACUAUUAAAACGAACCAUUUUUUUGAUACAUUAAAUGUUCAUAUUGAAGGUGGAUCUAAGAAAAUAUAUGAAAAGGCUUUGAAAGCUGGCAUUAACCUUCGUAAAGUAGAUGAUUUUACUAUCGGUAUCACUUUGGAUGAAACAGUUACAAAGAAUGACCUAGAGAACCUCAUUAAUGUUUUUGCUAAGGAUCCAUCAUAUGUGCCGAAUCUUGUAGAUAUUGAAAAAUCAAACAUUCCAAACCGAUUUCUUCGUACUUCUCCAUUUAUGCAACAUCAGGUUUUUAAUUCUUACCAUUCAGAAACAGAAAUGCUACGAUAUAUAUAUCAUUUGCAAUCUAAAGAUCUUUCAUUGGCCCAUUCUAUGAUUUCUUUGGGAAGCUGUACUAUGAAACUUAAUGCUACAACAGAAAUGAUUCCUGUAACAUGGCCUGAGUUUGCAAAUAUUCAUCCUUUCGCUCCAAUUGACCAAGCAGAAGGAUACAAAAUAUUGAUUCAGCAUGAUCUUGCCGAAAUAACUGGUUUUGAUGGUAUUUCAUUACAACCUAAUUCGGGUGCACAGGGUGAAUAUGCUGGACUUCGCGUAAUUGGUGCGUAUCACAAGUCACGUGGAGACGAAAAACGCGAUGUUUGUCUUAUUCCAGAUUCUGCCCAUGGCACAAAUCCGGCGUCGGCAGCUAUGUCUGGUAUGUCAGUUCUUAAUGUUAAAUGUAACAAUGGUGAUCUUGAUAUGAAAGAUCUCGAAGAAAAGGCAAAAAAAUAUAAAGAUAGAUUAGCUGCAUUCAUGGUUACGUAUCCAUCAACAUUUGGUGUGUUUGAGAACGGUGUUGUAGAAGCCUGCGAGAUAAUUCAUAAUUAUGGUGGGCAAGUUUAUAUGGAUGGUGCCAAUAUGAAUGCACAGAUUGGUUUAUGUAAACCUGCUGACAUCGGUGCUGAU